UUUCCAUGUACAUUUGUGCAUGUGUGUACCACCCUCAAUUAAAAUACAGGCAUGUCAAUAUAUAUCCCCUUCCCGUACCUGUGAUCUCCAUGCUGUCGGAUUCUUAUUCUCAACAAGGUGUGAAUUUGCUGACAACUUUCACCCCGGCCAAUGUCUCCGUAAAUGGAGCUCUUAUUGUUUUGAUAACGGGGCUGAAAGAGAAGCCCUCGUGUAUUUGUGGUAUACUUGAACUCAUUCAUCCAUGAUGAGGUACACCGUAAUUGUACAGCACCACAGACUGAUUACUUUGCACCUGUACUUGAAGAGGAAACUCCCAAGGAACCAGACGUGUUGAAUAUUUUUUGCGAACAAAGGGCAGAUGACAGCUAAUGCUUUAGUGCUUUUUGAUGUGGAUGGGUGCACAGCAAUUGUGGAUUCAAAGAAGUUAGUCUUGGAAGGAAAGGACCUUGUCAAUGGCCAGCAAGGCUACAUGAAAUUUGGGGCAGAGAAGCUAAAAGUAGAAAUUCUACAGUUAUCAGACUCCAAAAGAGAACUCAACACAUUUGAAGAUCAAUGGAGCACAUCACACCGGUCCAUGGCCUUGGACAAAGAAAAAAGAAAAAGAAGAAAUAAGCCCGAUGGGUACCUUGCUGUUUGGCCCCAGGAUAUUGAUGAUGUAGUUCAACCUGACGAAGACUUACCAGACCCAAAUGCAAAAGAACAAGAUGUGGAAGAAGACCCCAUUGAUGAUGAACAUAAUGAAACGGAUGAACCAAAAACAGGAAAACCAACCAAGAAAUCAAAGGAGACAAAAGAAAAGACAAAGGAAGCAAAGGAGAAACCAAAAGAAAAAACAGGUUCAAAGGGCAGGAAGAUAACAGUUCUGUUUGAGGGCGGAGGUGACUAUUCUACAGAUGUUGCUGCUCCUAAGCGUGCUCCCUCCUACCUUGAAGAACUGAGUGCAGAUGAAAGAGACCUCAUAAACCUUCAAGUGGAACAGUACAAACGUGGACUUGAAACUGAAUCAACUCAGACAGAGGCAGUGGUUAUUCUAGGCCCAAAUGACGUCCUCCCUCCUCUUACAUCAGAUGCAUUUCAGAACAUUAUGGAACUGUUAAAGGACUUAAAGAAAGGCCAACAGGACAUGAAAGUUCAAGUGGAGGAACUGAAAAAAGAACAGCGAGAGAUGAAAAGCCAGGUGCAGGAUUUGACUCGGGAAGUUGCUGCACUGAAGGAAAGGCCAUCUAGCAGAAAUUCGGUUGGAAGCCUCCUGACGACAAAUGAACUGCAUGAGCUGCUUGUCAACAGCGAGAACAAUACGUCAGUAGAAACUGCUCAGGGAUUGGAAGAAGGUCUCAGUAAAAGACAGAAGAACAACGAAGACAAGGAAAAUACAGUUCACCUUGGUGUUACAGAGACAAUGCCAAUUCUAAGAAGACCAAAACGGACCACUGCCAGCACAGCCAUCAACUCCACCACUGCAAAUGUAACCACCACUGCCAGCUCCCCCAGCAAAGCCACCAACAGCAUCAACUCUGAAAACAUAACCACCAGUGCACCCACCAUAAGCAGCUCCACCAGUGCAAUCACCACCAGCAGCUCCUUCAGCGCACCUACUACCAGUGCACCAACCACCAGCAACUCCACCAGUGCAACAACUACCAGCAACUCCACCAGUGCAUCCACCACCAGCAACCCCACCGGUGCACCAACCACCAGCAACUCCACCAGUGUUACCAAUUAGAUUAAACUGGUUAACUGUCAUUUUAUUUGGCAUCCUACCGAUAAACAAUAUUAGUGGCAGUACAGUAAAAGAAUUAUCCCUACAGAUACUGGACUUUGUCAAGAUGUCUUUUAGAUCCAGAGAAAAAGGAUUUGGUUUUACCAGAUGCUGAAGGAAGAAAAACAAGAAAAAGGACACCAACAAAGAAGGAAAUAAAUUAUCUCCAGAAAAUCAAAGGAAGCAAGUACAAGAUACUUCAAAGACUAAGGGAUGAGAUAAAAACUUGCUGCACUUUGUAACUUCAGGGAAAAUGAAAAGUGUAAACAAUGUCGAGUCUAGUGAUCAAUUUUUUUUUUGAAACAUCGUUUGUAUACAACUCUUUCCUUUCAGCUUUCUGAAUAUCUGUUACGACACGCGACUAUAUGUUUCGUGUUUAAUUGUAACCACCAAGGGUUAAAGCAAACGUAAAAAAAUGUCCAGGUUUUUAGCAGAUCCUACGUUGGCGAGAAGAUUAGAAAAACUCUGUAGGUAAGAUCCAUUUACUUGCAUUCCAAGCGGAAUAUACGACGGGGUUUGGGGUAAAUGUAUGCCCAUGAUAUCUGUACACAUGUACAUGAUUACUUGUUUUGUAUACUUUUUUUAUCGAUCAUACAUGCAUUUUAGGCUAAAAGACAGGCAUGUAAAUGCUGCAUUUGACCGAAUUUGCACUUGCCACUUCAAAAACGGCGUUCAAGACAACAGUCCUGCCCUUUUUUGAUUUUAAAGAUCCUAAUAGAAUAUCUAGGUACGUUAUAUUUCAAAUACGUAUGUUUAAUAGUUCGCAAACAUAAUCAUUAAAUAAAUAUAUUCACGGAGAACCGUUAAAGCAGAGACAGAUGUGUGUGACCACCUCGGAUGUGAAUGACUGUGCCCCUCAACUCCCAUCACACUCUGACCAUUGUGCCCCUCAACUCCCACCACACUCUGACCAUAAUUACCAACUUACUACGUUGGAGUGAAUGAUCGAGGAACGUAAGGUGUUGUUUCCUUUUAACAAAAUUAAUAAAAUGUAUCAAAUAAUUAUUGUAAAUUGUAUGUGUCUGACUUUAAGUUUAUUUUCUAGACCCUUAAGUUGCAAGUUACGGAACUUACAAGCCAGAAUCAGGUAGUGUAGUUGAAAAGACCCUUUACCUUAGAAGAUAUAAUUCAUGUACACAAAAGAUCAGUUUUCAUUUUCUUCUCAAAACGCAUUUUGUUAUUUUUUUUUUCUUAAGGA